UUGACAAGUGAUAGUUCGUCGUCAUGUCUUUUCAUUGGAAUUUUCAUGUCUUCUCAGCACACUUGUAAGUUUUGGCAUGUUAAAGUAUUUUGUGUAAUUGUUACAUCAUGAUGAAAACAUGUGCUACAUGUGUGUUGAUGGAAAGCGAUCUGUAGAUUUGCAUUUAGACUGACUGAGAGCUAUCAGUUUUUCCUUUCGAGAAAAAUAAAAGGCCAACACCAUGGUUAAAAAAGGGUUUUUGUUAACCAUGCUCAAAGUUGCCACUACUCGUGUAUCAUCCAAGCUAUCAUGUGUGUUGAUGGAAAGCGAUCUAUUUGCAAUUAGACUGACUGAAAGCUAUCAGAUUGUCCUUUCGAGAAAAAUAAAAGGCCAACACCAUGGUCAAAAAAGGGUUUUUGUUGACCCCUUGGUUGCUACACAUUCAAUCCUCAUAUCCUUGGAAUGGACCCACUCUUAUUUAGAGGUAUUGCUUUCUGUCGUUACACUUCCAUGAUAUUUAAAAAAUCUAAAGUCAGCUGGCGGCGAAGACGUUGAGCACGGAGAGAUGGAAGUAUUCCCCAAGUUUCACAGCGUUCCUUUCUCCAAGAUUCUAACAUUCUUCCGAAAGAGUCCUUUUGUGUUUGCUGCUUCGUUGAAUCGUUUCAAGAAAGCGUACACUGCUUACAAUAGCGGUGUUGCAGCCUACGAUCACUGGACGCCCGAAGAAGCAAAGAAGUUGGAACUAGCAAUUGCUGAAAAAGUUUCUUGGUUGGAUGCCAACAUCAGCCGUGUGAAGGCAACUCUUAAGACUAAGGACUUGCCUAUUAAAGCCGCUGCCUUCCAUAGCGAACACCAGGCUUUUGAAAGCAGCAUGAAUCCAGUUUUGAACAAACCCAAACCACAGCCUCCUGCCCCACCGGCUGAAGCUGCACAGUCGGGCAAGCCAGAGGAUGCUGCCAACGGCUCAACAAUAGUGCUCCCAGAAUUGAUCCGUGGACCGCAGUCCCGACUCCAUCAUGCGAAAUUAAUUGGCCGUGCAUCACCAACUUAUAUCGGAUGGGCGCUCCGUAUUGAAAACUAUUGCUAAAUUUCAUAAAGCUUUACAUAAUUUUGCUUGGACAAUCAUGUGUAAGUGGUGUAUAAAAUGAAAUGCGUGUUGAAUACAAAUUUUAAAUCGCG